AUGAAACGUACGGUCAUCCGUUCCUUCCCCGCUGUGAAGGCCAUACCACCGCCUCCGCCCCGCCGCGCUGUGCUGCCUCGCCUCGUGGCGUAUGCCGUGGGUGGUGCGGCGCUGUUUUACGGUGGCUCUGUGGCCGCUGCCAAACAGGUGCCUGCCUACCGUUCCUUCUUCCAGGACCAUGUGUACGGCGGUGAUGCCUUGAUCAAGUACUUUGACACUCACGAGCUGAGCGAUCUCCCGGAGGAGCUCAAGCACAUGGACGUGGAGAAGCAGGUGACUCGCGCGGCGAGCCAAGUGCGUCACGGCUUCCAGCGUGUGAGUGACUAUGUGACGCACAACGAACAUGUGCAGCACACCCGUGAGGAGGUCGAGAAGCGCACGGCCGAGCUCCAGACGAAGCUGCAAGACCAGCUGGAGGAGCUGCGCGCCAAGGCUGGCGAAGAGUCGGCGCACCUCCUUGACAAGGCACAGUCGCUGGCUGGCAAGUCGUACUCGGAGGCGCGUGAGCACAUGAACAAGGCUGUUGACGAUGCGCGUGAGCACAUCGAGCAUGCGACGGCCAACCUGACGGGCCACCCAGUCACGGAGAAGGUCGUGAAGGCCACGACUGGCAUUCAGCCGCCGCCUGGGCCGCCAGAGUACGGUGCGACGUACCGGGAGCGCAAGCUUGUGGCGCCAACGGACAACCACGGCGCGCGUCUGCGUCCGGACCCGAGUGCGCCUGUGCUGCCGCGCCUAACGACCUCGGUGAAGAAGAUGAGCAGCUCUGAGCCGGUGAUUGCGCAGCUGGCUAGCACGAUUGACGAGCUUACGGCCUUUGUCAAGGAAACGCCGCACUCUGGUGCGCUGGCGCGUGGUGUGCUGGAGUCGGCGGAGGCCGACCUGGCGCAGCUGAGCAAGCGCCUGGACGAGAUCAAGGCGUCGGACGCUGCAAAGCUCGAGAAGCAGCUGGCCAAACAGGCGGAGACGUACGAGGACGAGCUGAAGAAGGCCGCUGAGAAGGCGACCAACGAGCAGGGCCAGCGUGACAAGGACUGGGCCGCGCAGGUAAGCCGUCUGCAGGACGAGCAGGCUGCGCAGUUCAAGACGCGUCUGGCGAAGGAGCUCGAGACGCAGAGCGAGAUCAUUGAUCAGCGCCUCAAGGAAGAGGUGAUUGCGCGUGGCAUUGAGCUGCAGCGCAAGUGGACGAGCGAGAUCAAGGCGCAGGUCGAGCGCGAGCGUGCUGGCCGUCUCGCGCGCCUCGAUGAGCUCGCGAAGGAUCUGCACCAGGUCGAGGAGCUAUCGAAGGUAAAUGCGCAGACGCUCGAUGACAACAUUGGCGUGCACGCACUCAACGGCGCUGUGCGUGUGCUGCGUUCCGCCAUCGACGGUGAGAACGCGGCAGAGUCGGCGUACACGCGCCGCACGUUUGCCAACGAGCUGGCCGGUUUGCGCGCGGCCCGCAAGGCGCAGGACAACGACGUGAUUGCAUCGGCGCUGCAUGCGAUUGAGCAGAACGGCGCCGCCGAGGCGGGCGUCGAGAGCCUGCCUACGCUCCACGAAUGGUUCUCGACGCGCGUUGCGCCGCGUCUGACGAGCGUCGCGCUCAUGCCCGAGCAGGGCGCAGGUGUACUGUCGUACGUCGCUAGCUACCUGAUGAGCCCCUUCCUGUUUGUCCGCAAGGGCAAUGUGCCAGGCAGCGACGUCGCCAGCACAGUGGCACGUGCUGAUUGGUUCCUGGAGCGUCGCGACCUCGAUAGCGCGACGCGGGAACUGAACCAGCUGCGUGGCUGGGCCAAGAUCCUCGUGUCGGACUGGCUGACGGCUGCGCGAUUGCGCUUGGAGGUCGAUCAGGCGCUCGACAUGAUCGAUAAGGAGGCGGCCUUUGCCUCGAUGUUGCACACGUAG